AUGUGUAAUCACUUCCGUAGUGAUAAAAUCUGUAUUUCAACAUAUUCAAUCUCUACUGCGAUUAAAGAACCUACCCCAGCAACCGAGAAUGAAUUUAUUUCUAUGCUGAAAAAAUUUAAUGUAUUUUGUCCACGUGGUCAAGGCACCUGUCCUAUUUUAUGCAUCUCGGGAGUUGUCACUUUGACAAUGAAUUUUCUGCAGACAAAAUACAAAAUGUUAAUAACCACUAAGUUAAAUGCUGGCUGUCCAUUUUGUGCGAAAAAGUUUUUUUCAAAAGAUGCAAGAAUUUUAAUUUCCAUCGAAAUUGGAAACCGUCAGCGAUUAAGUGAUCCUAUUUCCAAAUGUAAAACAAUUACAGGAUUUCGCUUCUAUCUAUCAUACAUUAACGAAUUUUAUUUGGAUUCUAGCGAUUUUCAAACCAGAAUGAUUAGGAGAAAAAAGAAUUCCAUACUGGCGUCCCUACCUGCUGACGAGUUGUCAAGGCGUGUGUGUAAAACAAUGCGAAAGACAAAUAUUAUUAUUUUGAGUAUAAAAACAAAUUACAAAAUUGGUCCAAUUAUUGUUUUUUUCAUUUGGUUGUCUGAAUUGGAAACAAAAGCACUGUUGAAUAAAUGCCACCUCAAGGCCCACCAUGAAAGACGUGGAAAUAUAUGGAAAUCAGCAUAUCUCGGAAUAUUAUACUAA